AAAAAAAGCUUAGGCUAUCGAUAUAUUUGGAUGAGCUUAACCGAUAUACUCACAGACAUGGACCCGGCGGAAGUUGUAGAAAUUCAGCCUAAAACUUCAUAUUUAAGUCCUGAGGAGCUUAUAGAGCUGCGACACAAGGAUUUUGAGGUGCCUGCUGGCGGCCUAAAGCGUACACAAAAUGAGGGUAGCGCGGCCGAACUCCAAGAACUGCACGGGGCGCUAGACGCUCUCAGAGCCCAGCUAUCGGUUCCCCGUAUCGAAAGGCUGGCGGGGAGAGCUUUAGCGACCUGGAAUAAGGAUCAACAAGUUGCAGAGGUCCUUCGCAAGGAUGGAAAGUUUGAAAACUUCGGCCACAGCAAGCAGGGUAAACUGUUUUUGGAGUACUACGAGGCCUUGUUCCUGCUCGAGGUGGGUCGCCUUCAGCUGGAGUAUUGUGGAACCAUAGUUUCCAUAGAGCAAGCUUACGUCCUACUCCUUGGCGAAUCGGAGAGUGAAAGGUUUACCCAUUACCUGGUGUACUCUGCCCUGUCCCGAGCUGGCUAUAUAGUUGUGCGGCAUCAAGCUGUCCAAGAGGCACCAGUUCCAAUCACCAGUGCUGACUGCGUCUGGGCUGUGCUGAAGGAGAAACUUGGCAAUAAGCCAGUACCGUCGAAGAUCAAGGAAUCCCCUCUCUUCACAGCUGCAGAAAAGCGAAUGGAGGACCUCAAGCAGCUUAUUAUAGGACAGAAAAACCAAUCCCCCUUGGAACCAGGCCCAGAAAAAGCAUCGGGUUUCCACUUUGACACACGAAAACGCAGGGCGCAAUCGGAGUCAAAGGGCCAAUCAGCCACUAAAAGGGGAAGAGUUGUUUUCGCAGGCACCAGUCUAGUAGACCAGCUGCAAAUGGAAUCUCCCUAUGGAAAGUUCCAAGAGAUCUUUCAAAAAUUCGAUAUUGUUAGGUUGGAUACCAAAAACUACUCAAUGGAUAACAGUCCUCCAGACUCUUCGCUCCAGAUUAUCUUUGACUUGCACCUCCAUAACGAGGGCUUCAAGAAGCGAUCCCCAAAGGGCCCAACUUUUAACGUGAUCAUCCUACCACCCCAGGCGGCGUUUCCCACCCACGAUGAGAUCUUCACGAUCCAAAGUCAACAACACGUUAACAACGCACAAUUGCUCGUCAUAUCCGUUAGCGAAUCGAAACAGAUUCAGGCCUUCUUGUACUUUAUUAGCUGAUGAUGGUCGAUCUGGCGGAUGUUUUCCGUCCAUAAAUUGGAGGUGUGAUUAUUUGGAAACCAUGUGAACUUAAGAAAACGAUUAUGUCUAUCAGGAAAAGAGAGCAAUCAUCAGCAAAUCA